CACAGCCUUAUCUCCACUGACUGUACGAUUGCAUCACAGCAAUAAGGUCGCCGACUGUUGAUGGAAAUCAUGGGUUAUCUAAUUGCUGUUCGCACCUUCUCAGCAUUCGCAUUACAUCCUUGUUGACCCCAGAAACAUUUCACCACUAUCAACAAAACACCUACAUUUCACAGUAGUUAUCCGAUCAAGGCUGACAAGUAUUCGCUUCGCUCCCUUGACCAACAAAACAUACAAUGGCACUCCACGGCGCCGACGAGCCCAAAAAGGUCGACCAGACCCUCCAGCAAACCCCCGGCAUCCAAAUCUUCCUCCAACCCAUCGCACCCCCCGCCGCCCUCGGUCUCGCCGGCUUCGCAGGUUCAACAUGGAUAACCUCGUCCUACAUCGCGAAUUGGUGGGGUAAUCCCGAGUCACCGACCAUCUUCUUUCCCUUCGUAGGUCUGUUUGGCGGGCUGGCACAGUUCAUCGCCGGAUUGUAUGGGUUUAAAGCGCGGGACACGUUGGUGACGGUGAUUAACACAAUGUGGGGAAGCUUUUGGAUUAGUAUUGGGAUUUUGUAUGCUUUUGUUGCGGCCGGUGCUCUCGAGCCACAUGAAGUGCACACUCACUUCCCCGAACUCGCGUCGUGGUUCGUGAUCCUCUGUGUCUUCACCUGGUCGGGCGCGCUCGCAGCUACAGCGCGUGACGUCGUCCUCAGCGUCUGUCUCUUCUCCCUAGCUAUCGGGAGUACGAUCGCUUGCUGCAUGUUCGCGUACAAUGGCCGUCCCAUCACUACGGCAGACACUGGCGCGUCGGGCGACAGCCUCACUGGCGGAGUAACGAUGGGCAUGAAGGCUGCAAGCUACUUUUGGAUGUUGAGCGCACUUUGCGCUUGGUGGAGAGUGACGGUGUACCUCGUUGAAGAGGCAUAUGGUCCUGAUCAUACGAUUACAAAGUUCUUCCCUAUCGGUAGGACGCCGAUGGAGAGAAGGGCGCCUUUGGUCAUUCCUGGUUUGGGUGAGCCGGGUGUUAAGAGGGGUGUUCCGAAGCCGUUGCCUGUAUAAUGUAAUGCGCAACAAGUUGGGCGGGGUGUUUGUAGCGGCCGGUCGAUGCCUCCACGACCUGUGGCCCUUUGCCUGAUACUUGAC